CGUUGGGCUCUGCGCUGCUUCCAUUGGAAAGGGUGGGAGGAUUGAUGAGGGAAACAGCAGACCCUUCGUUCUUCCCACGGUGGCUUUCAGGAUCUUGUAAGCGAGGGUAGGAACAUGGACAUGAAGGGGUUGGCGAAGCUUCCAAGGAUAGGGAUACCGUACCGGUAGAUCCUGUGGUUCCGCGUACGGAAGUGCCAUUGCUAACGAGAAAGCAACCACCACACCACCACCCCAAAAGCUGAGCAACAAUGGUCGCGGUAGCAUCUCCCAAACUGCGAAAGGAACAAGAAAGCAAGGAGUUGAAGAUCUUUGUAGUGACAGUAACGGGGAUUCUGCUGGUGCUGGCUGGGCUUUUCUUUGGUCUCUCUUUGGGAAAGAGAAGGCAGGGCUCAAGAAGCAGUGGUCAAGGUUUCAAGUUGCUGCCGACGCCAUCAAAGACCGCCAGAGAGGAAUGGCCUCCAUUGUCAGCAGUCUAUGACGGGCAAAAGGUGAUUUCAGAUCCACAGUUCCUGUUGGAUUUUGCGAUCAUUGGGUUUGAAAAGAGUGGUUCUAGCACGUUUAUGCAAUGGCUGGGGGCGCAUCCACAAGUUCAAUGCUUCCAAGAAGAGAUUUAUGACCUUUAUCAGAACAAAACGGGGGCCAUGGUGUGGAGGCUCCACACACAGUUAAAGCCUGGUUUUGAAUACAAGCGAGGCUACAAGAGCCCUGGGGAUAUCUUUCUGGCCAACACAAUCCACCUUUUGGACGAAUACUUUCCCAAGACAAGACUUAUACUUUCACUUCGUCACCCAAUUCUCUACUACCAAUCCAUCUACAACUUUCGAAUUCAGAACCUUCCCAACCCAGACGAUCCCUUUCACACACCAUUGGAAGGAAUUGGGGAAUGCAAAAACACAUAUCCAGGAUAUGUUUGUACAAACCAUGCCAAUUAUGCGCAAUACAUAUACCGAUUGGGAAAGACCCUGUCCCGAUUUCCCACGGAAACCGAACAGGCCAUUAUAGACGAAAAACCACGGUCCGCCGCCAAGGCUCGGGUGACACGGAAUCUCAUCUUUGUGGUUGAAAUCAGCCAGCUUAAAGACGACAAUGCACUCCGCAGACAACAACUCAAGGAGGAUCUGAGAGACUUUUUGGGCUUGGACAGUGAUCUUCCGGACGAAAUUCCAAAAGUGGUCCCUGGCAAAAAGUGGCCCGCGGAUGUGCAGGCGAUCAAAGACAAGCGCAAAAUGAACAUUUGCGAAGAUCAAUACAUUCCUUUGAGAGAGGACAUCAUGAGAGUGUCGAAACAGACGGCAACCUGGAUCUUGGAAAGCUUUAUCCAGUCGGACGAUGUCUUUGUGUCAACUCCCGAGUUCUUCGAACAAUCCAUAAAGAAAUGGAUGGAGGAUCCUUGCGAAACCAAGACGCUGAGGGCCGCUUCGAAAUAAUCGGCAUCUGUAACCUAGAAAUCUAAACGUAGUCUCGGAGUGAUCCCGUGGGGAUGGGAUGGUAAUUCGGUUCGCCCAAAACAGCACCAUUCGGUGGUUUUGUCAUGGAAUCACACUCAAGCGGGUCCCGCCCGUCUUCAGAAGCAACUCUGUCGUAGCUGAGCCGUGCUGUUGUCUACUAACGACUGCCGAAAGCCGAGUCUCGGUCUGUCGUUGGUCAAUUUAGACGUUUACUACCUGUAUGACAUAGUAGGUCUGAGCAACCGUACCGGUACCUAUAUGUCCGUGCAAAGUUAGCUAUUAGUGGCCCACGGCCCACUCAGUGAGGCAGCGCACAAUCGGGUGGGCGGAAAGGCUAGCUAGAAGGGCUUGCGCUAGCUAGCUAGUAGUAGUACCAUGGUACCGGUAGGGUACAGUUCUGUACGAAGCAGCCAAACAAGCGAUCCACACGUUAGCAAUCGAUUCCCACGCUCAAACACCACUCAAAGAUCAAUGCCCCACUGCAUAAUUGUACUUAAAAACUGAUACUCCCAACUAUUCCCCGAC